ACCCCUCGGACAUUUGUGAAGGAAGUGAAGCGUAUCGUCAUCAAAGUUCGCCUCUUUUCCUCUUUAUGAUUGUGUUUCCUUCCUACCCUUUGAGGGAUAACAAUGGCUGCAAUCAAUUUUGACCUCGUUUUGACCCUUUACUUCUUUUGGGUUUGAUUGUCAUUGCAGGUUGGGACUGCUGUUGUCACCAGAGGUGAUGGAAGAUUGGCACUUGGAAGAUUGGGAGCGCUCUGCGAGCAGAUUAAAGAGCUGAAUUACCAGCAUUAUGAAGUCAUUGUUGUUACCUCUGGUGCUGUUGGCCUUGGCCGCCAAAGGCUGAAAUACCGCCAGUUGGUCAAUAGCAGUUUUGCUGAUCUCCAAAAGCCACAAGAUGGUCCCGAUGGUAAAGCUUGUGCUGCUGUUGGGCAGAAUUGUAUCAUGGCCCUUUAUGACACAUUGUUUAGUCAGCUGGAUGUGACAUCUGCUCAACUUCUUGUGACUGAUUCAGACUUUAGGGAUAAAGAAUUCAGGAAGCAACUUAAGCAUACUAUAGAGUCGCUGAUGUCGCUAAGGGUUGUUCCCAUAAUCAACGAAAAUGAUGCUGAUUCGUCUGGUAUAUUUUGGGAUAAUGAUAGUUUGGCAGCUUUGUUGGCACUGGAGCUGAACGCUGAUCUUCUUGUUCUGCUGAGCGAUGUGGAGGGUCUUUACAGUGGUCCACCCAGUGAUCCAGAGUCGAAGUUGAUUCGUACAUACAUUGAGAGAGUUCAUCUGGGUGGAAUCACAUUUGGAGACAAGUCCAGGCUGGGAAGAGGGGGCAUGACAGCCAAAGUAAAAGCUGCUGUAAUGGCGGCUAAGGCAGGUGUCCCUGUCAUUAUAACCAGCGGAUUUGAUCCUGAGAGCAUACUGAAAGUCCUCCAAGGAGAUGAUGUCGGCACUCUCUUUCACCGUGAUGCUCAUUUGUGGGUCAAAACCAAAGAAACAGGUGCUCGAGACAUGGCGGUUGCAGCAAGGGAAUGUUCUAGAAGGCUGCAGGCACUAUCUUCAGAAGAUAGGAAAAAGAUUUUGCUGGACAUAGCAAAUGCUCUAGAAGCCAAUGAAAAAGUAAUCAAGGUUGAAAAUGAGGCAGAUGUUGCUGCUGCUGAACAGGCUGGAAUGGAGAAGUCCUUGAUAGCACGGCUGGCUCUAAAGCCUGGCAAGGCAAGACAAUGCCGUAUUACAAGUCUUUCAAAAUCAUUACGUGUCCUUGCGAGCAUGGAAGAUCCAGUCGGUCACGUUUUAAAGACGACCGAGGUGUUACUCAAUACCGUUUUAUGGUUCCAGCUUGCAGAUGGUCUUGUGUUAGAGAAGACAUCAUCUCCUCUCGGUGUUCUGCUAAUUGUUUUUGAGGCUCGGCCUGAUGCACUAGUGCAGAUUGCUUCAUUGGCGAUCCGCAGUGGAAAUGGUCUCUUACUGAAAGGGGGAAAGGAGGCCAGGCGAUCAAAUGCAAUUUUGCACAAGGUGAUCACUGAUGCCAUUCCAGACCAUGUUGGGAGAAGGCUUAUUGGACUGGUGACCUCAAGAGAUGAAAUUCCUGACCUACUUAAGCUCGAUGAUGUAAUCGAUCUUGUCAUUCCUAGGGGCAGCAAUAAACUGGUUUCGACUAUCAAAGCAUCAACCAAGAUCCCUGUUCUGGGUCAUGCAGAUGGAGUCUGUCAUGUAUAUGUUGACAAGUCUGCUAAUAUGCAAACGGCCAAGCGUAUUGUAGUGGAUGCAAAAGUGGAUUAUCCAGCAGCCUGUAAUGCAAUGGAAACACUUCUAGUGCAUAAGGAUUUAGUGUCCUCUGGUGGCCUGAAUGAGCUAGCACUUGAACUUCGGAAUGAAGGUGUGGUUCUGCAUGGUGGGCCAAGGGCAAGCGAGGAGCUGAGCAUCCCAGAGCCGGCAUCAUUACAUCAUGAGUACAGUUCCCUUGCAUGUACUGUUGAGAUUGUUGACGAUGUGCAUGCUGCCAUUGAUUACAUGGACACGGAAGGCAAGAUUUUAAUUGAUUUUGUAACUAGCCCACAUAGACAAUAUUAUGGUUUUGUCUCAAAUCAUUGUUGCUUCAGUUUUAUAAUCAUUGACAUUGCAAUGCCGGUUCUUCUUUUUACCCAAUGCAGUGCUGCUGUUUUCCACAAUGCCAGCACAAGGUUCUGUGAUGGAGCUCGGUUUGGACUUGGGGCAGAGGUUGGAAUCAGUACGAGUAGAAUCCAUGCUCGAGGCCCUGUAGGAGUCGAAGGAUUGUUAACAACCCGUUGGUUACUGAGAGGCAGUGGACAAAUAGUAGAUGGUGAUAAGGGUGUAACCUACACCCACAAGGACUUAACUACUGUAUAGCUUUCCAAGCAUCAUCACCAGAGGAAGAAGAUUGAGCACUUUGUUUGCCAUCUUAGCUGCGGGUUUAAUAAAACAUAUCAUCAUCAUUAGGGGGUGUUUAUUAUUAUUGUUAGGGUGCCCUGUAAUCUCUGCCAUGACCUUAUGUUACUGAAUAAGUUCUCCAUUCUCUUCUAAGUUACUAUUGUUGGAAGCGUUAAGUUAUUGUGGCGAAAGAUUUAAGUUAUGUGGGGCCUCUUCCGAUCCAUGACCAGUUUGUAGGCUGGGCAGAUUUGGGAACGUGGAGUUUGGGAUCUUUUGAGUGUCUCUUUUGGCCCCCAUACUAGUAGUUAGGAAAUCUCAUUGUAAUGCAGUUGGAUAUUUGAAGGUUUAACAUUUUCUGUUGUCAUCUCUUUCUUAAGCUGCAGGCUUCUUCUGUUAGGGCUGAUAUUGAGGUUAAAUAAAGAUUUGUCAUAUGUGAUAUGCGUUGUAAAUGAUUGUGCCCUUAAGUUCUGAGCCUGGUGGGUUUCUAACAAAGCAUUUUUCUAAUU